AUGGGUGCUUUCGCAGAUCAGAAGGAACUCUGGGAGCAGGUGCUGGCUUUGCUGGACGAGGUAGCAAGUUGUAGUCUCAAGAAGCAUGGCGAGGCGCUCUCGCGGCAGCUGGAGCUGGGCAUGCACGAGCAUGGGGUCGAUCUAGAAGGAGCCCCGUGCUUGAACGGAUUGGGCAGCCGCAGGGUGGCCGAGAUCUUGAAGAUGGGGAAGAUGUGGAACAUCCAGAACUCCGUCCAUAACACCGUGGUGAGCACGCUGGGAAGUUGUGCCGCCUGUUCGAACACAAUGGACGCGAAGAGAGAGGGCCCGGUACCAGAUCUCAUCAGUCCCCGGGCCGCACACUGGAGCUGUUUCUCUGCGGCCAUGAGUGCCACUGUGGCAGUUUAUGACCGGAGGGCUGAUAAAGGUGCCCUGACAGAGCGGGGACUCUGGCGUGAUGUGCUCGCGCUGCUGGCAGACAUGCGCUCGGCGCAGAUGUCUCGCUCCUGCAAGAUCCUUGAGUCCUUGGACUCGAGUGGUUGGUGGGUUGGGCUCUUCAUGCUGGCUGUUGAGAAUUGCAGUACAUGGUGCAAGUACAUGGUGCAAGGCUGGAUUGACAGUAUCAUUCGCAGCCGGACCCUGGCGUCUGCGGUGCCCUUAUCGGUACCUGUGGCCAGGCAGGGUUGGGAGCUGUCGCUGGACAUCCUCAUGGCUGGGCGGUGCCUCGGCCAACGCUUACGGGUCAACGGCAGGGCGUGGAGGGCAGCCCCGGAUGCGAUUUGCUUCAAUCGGAGCCUUGCGGCGGCAGAGGAGCAAUGGAUGCUGGCCAUCGCCCUCCUUGCUGGAGUCUUGGCCUUGCCGACCAGGAAAUCUGUCCGUUACAACACCGCGCUGAGUGCGAUCGAGAAGGGACGAGCAUGGGAGCGGGGCAUCGAGCAGUUGCUUUCGAUGCGGCGGCAGGGGCUGGUUCCGGACGUGGUCACCUGGACCGCGGGUGACAGUUCGGCAACCUGUUUACAAGUCUCAGUGGAGAGAGAUCCCGAGCGCAGUGGCCCAAGAUGCAGAACAGAGCUCUUGGAUGCAGGAGCUUCACGCUUCAUACUCGCGUCCCCGAUUGAGACCAAAGACUGGGCACUGGCACAAGCUUAUAUGAGAGAUCUUCAGCAAAUCCCGUUGCUGGUUCAGGUCGGAGCUUGGGAGCUGGCGCUGGAGGUGCUGUGGGAGCCAGGUUGGUGCCCCGGCCUCAUUGCUUUCAAUGCCGUCGCCGCGGCCUGUGAGCGAGGCGGCCGCUGGGAGCAGACGCUGCAAGUCCUGUCGGCGAUGCGAGGGCAGCGGCUUCUGCCGGAUGCACUCGGCUUCGGUGCCGCCGUCGCCGCGGCCGCCGCGGCUGGCGCCUGGGCGGCAGCGCUGCAGCUCCUGGAGGAGAUGGAAGAUGCGCGGCACAGCCCAAACAUGCUCGUCUACGAGGCAGCCUUGUCGGCCUAUUUGCAAGGCAUGCAGCAUAGGGAGAAUCCGCACAUUAUGGGUGAUGACGAUGCCGAUCGCUGUUCGACUGUGGUAAGAACGGAGGACGUGAUUCGCGAUCGACUUGUUCCCCAGAUUAACUUGUUGGACUUCAAGGAGUCCACCUUGGUUCUUGUGCUCCAAUUCCAGCAGCUCUACGAGGAUCUGACCACUUGGCGCGCCGGACCUGGCAAUGCAGAUUCGGGCUGCAAAGUCUGCGAGCAAUCGGGUCGUGGUCUGCUGGCUGCGAAGGAGAUUAGCCUCGAGUCCGGCUUUCCCGGGCUGGGAGACUUUCAGAACGAAAGCAUGCAUGCUCUGGAGUUCAAUGACACCCCACUGGAUGUUGUGGUCAAAGACUUCAAAAAGGCAGAAUCGAGGACAGAAAAGCUUAAAGAUAAGUAUGACGGGGCUGUGGAGUGCGUGGACAAGGUGAAGGACUACAAGGAGAAUAUUGAGGACAAAAUUGAGGAAUACAGGGACAAGGUCAACGACCAUGUGAGACAAAAUCAACAACGGCUGGACGGUUACCACAGAAAGUACAACCAGUUCGGAACCCGACACUCAAUUGAAGAUGAGAUCUGGGAGGAGACUCUGACAGACUUCGAUCACGACGAUGACGAGAUCUCGCACAAGAGCAAGAUUGCUGAGGAAGAUUGGGCGGACCGUAUUGCCUCUGCAAUAUGGCUGUCGAAAGGGAUGAAUGCUGUUCGCGCUGGUACAGCCCUGAUGCAGAACCUACAGGCCUUGCUCAACUACAACGCGGAAGACGGGGGUCCAAGGGAGCUGGAGGAGGCCAUCAAUCGCUUCGCCAAGGAGUUCCAGAAGCUGUCACAGCCCAAGGAUCAGGAGGAGCGAAACGUCAAGUGGCAGCAGCUCUUCAAGUCAGGAGCGCCGAAGGCUUUGGGUGACGUCUUCUUGGCCGUGAUCGAUGCCAUUGCCAUGGAUUCGGAUUACUUCGAGGCCGAGCAGUUGAUGCUGCAGCACUACCAAGACAGUGAGCGGAUCUUCGACAUCAUGAAAGACCGAGAGGUUCCUGCUGGUAUUCCGAAUCACAGCACCUGCGGGAAGACUUUCGCAGGUACACUGCGAGAGGGUCCUUGA